CCACUAUUCCGAAGCGUAUAACACCGAAUGAAAAGCUGGGGAUUUGAAAAAUGAGUAGCUUAGGUGCAUGACAUUCUAGAGCUUUGGAACGGUGGAACGACUGGCGAUACGGCCCUUACCAUCUCAAAUACCGGACCCCUACAACCUGCAAGAAACAGCCUAGGACUUGACAGGUCACAUGACGCUCAUGCAAAUCGGUUGACAGUUAGCUUAACCUCAAAGAUAGUGAAAAAAUAGUAAAUAUCAAAUAAUGUCCACGGCCUGCAGGAAUUUGAAGAAACUAACAUUAUUUAAACAUAUUCACAGCUUCAGUGCACUUAUAGAGGCCUCCAGCAACGUGAAAUAUGGGGUGUUACAAAAGACUGUACAUUACAGAAAAUGCAGCACAAAUAAUAAUAAAAAACCCUUUAGCAGGCCGUCCAGCGAAGAAAAACCAAUUUUUGAGCGGCCUCGAGCCCCAGGCACUGGUAUUGGACCAAUAUCUUGGCGUAAUUUAGCAAUAACUUCAGCAAUAGGCGGCAGUUUACUUGCAUUUAUGUGGUAUUUAAAAAAGGAAAAAGAAGAAGCACAAUUGCGAGAGAGAAAGCGUAUGCUGGGGAAGGCUGCAAUAGGUGGUAAAUUUGAGUUAAUUGACAGUACAGGAAAGCCGAGGUCAAGUGAUGAAUUUCUUGGACAGUGGAUUUUGAUUUAUUUUGGAUUCACUCACUGUCCUGAUAUUUGUCCAGAUGAGCUGGAAAAAAUGGCUGAAGUGAUAAAUACAUUAGAUAACUCAACAGAAAUGCCCAAAAUCCAACCAAUCUUCAUAUCUGUUGACCCAAAUCGUGACAAGCCUGAAAUAGUGGGAAGGUAUUGUGCAGAAUUCAGCCCAAGGCUGUUGGGGCUAACAGGAACUGAAGAGCAAGUAGCAAAGGCAUGCAAAGCUUAUAGGGUUUAUUUUAGUGCUGGACCAAAAGAUAAAGACGAAGAUUAUAUUGUGGACCACACGAUAAUAAUGUACUUGGUGAACCCCGACGGAGAAUUUGUCGACUAUUUUGGACAAAACCGAUCCGCUUCAGACAUUGCUACGUCGAUACGCGUGAACGUAAUAAAGUACGAUCAAAUGAAUAAGAAGAGCUUGUUGUUCUGAACUAAAUCUGUUGAAACCUCUUAAUUGAUUUUAAUACUGUGCUAUUAUGUUUAAUAAAUUGUCAUUUGUAUUUCCCUCA